AUGCCAUUGAGAGCAGUCCUGCAGGUCGCGUUGGUGGCCAACCCGACUCACUACGGGGACCCGAAGACGGGCUGCGAGACGGACGAGCAAGCUGUGCGCGUGCAGGGCCUGUCUGGAGACUUCUGCAGUCCCAAGUGCGACAGCCAGGGAAGCUGCCCUAGCGACGUGCCAACGGGCGACAAGGCCACUCCUGAGUGCGCCCUGCGCACCACCACGGGCGACAAGUACUGCGCUCUCGUGUGCGAGUCAGACUCUGACUGCGGCACCGGCUCCUGCCAGAAGAUCAUGGGCACGGGCUUGUGCACCUAUGACGCGUCUGCCCUCAGCAGCGUGGCUACUCUCGCCCAGGCAAGGUCCAGUGUUGAAUUUGACGAUCGUGUUGAUUGUGGGCGGCGCAUGGUGCAGUGCGUUGAGCGCUUGCGAGUCAAGCAUGCACAGGUGGCAGCGCUCGCCAACCCGACGCACUACGGGGACCCGAAGACGGGCUGCGAGACGGACGAGCAAGCUGUGCGCGUGCAGGGCCUGUCUGGAGACUUCUGCAGUCCCAAGUGCGACAGCCAGGGAAGCUGCCCCAGCGACGUGCCAACGGGCGACAAGGCCACUCCUGAGUGCGCCCUGCGCACCACCACGGGGGACAAGUACUGCGCUCUCGUGUGCGAGUCAGACACUGACUGCGGCACUGGCUCCUGCCAGAAGAUCAUGGGCACGGGCUUGUGCACCUAUGACGCGUCUGCCCUCAGCAGCGUGGCUACUCUCACCCAGGCAAGGUCCAGUGUUGAUUUUGACGAGCGUCUUGAUUGUGGCGGGCGCAUGGUGCAGUGCGUUGGGCGCUUGCGAGUCAAGCAUGCACAGGUGGCAGCGCUCGCCAACCCGACUCACUACGGGGACCCGAAGACGGGCUGCGAGACGGACGAGCAAGCUGUGCGCGUGCAGGGCCUGUCUGGAGACUUCUGCAGUCCCAAGUGCGACAGCCAGGGAAGCUGCCCCAGCGACGUGCCAACGGGCGACAAGGCCACUCCUGAGUGCGCCCUGCGCACCACCACUGGCGACAAGUACUGCGCUCUCGUGUGCGAGUCAGACACUGACUGCGGCACUGGCUCCUGCCAGAAGAUCAUGGGCACGGGCUUGUGCACCUAUGACGCGUCUGCCCUGAGCAACAUGGCUACUCUCACCCAGGCAAGGUCCAAUGUUGAUUUCGAUGAUCGAAUCGACUGCGGGCGCAUGGUGCAGUGCGUUGGGGGCUUGAGAGUCAAGCGGGCACAGGUGGCAGCGCUCGCCAACCCGACUCACUACGGGGACCCGAAGACGGGCUGCGAGACGGACGAGCAAGCUGUGCGCGUGCAGGGCCUGUCUGGAGACUUCUGCAGUCCCAAGUGCGACAGCCAGGGAAGCUGCCCCAGCGACGUGCCAACGGGCGACAAGGCCACUCCUGAGUGCGCCCUGCGCACCACCACUGGCGACAAGUACUGCGCUCUCGUGUGCGAGUCAGACACUGACUGCGGCACUGGCUCCUGCCAGAAGAUCAUGGGCACGGGCUUGUGCACCUAUGACGCGUCUGCCCUCAGCAGCAUGGCUACUCUCACCCAGGUGGCAGCGCUCGCCAACCCGACUCACUACGGGGACCCGAAGACGGGCUGCGAGACGGACGAGCAAGCUGUGCGCGUGCAGGGCCUGUCUGGAGACUUCUGCAGUCCCAAGUGCGACAGCCAGGGAAGCUGCCCCAGCGACGUGCCAACGGGCGACAAGGCCACUCCUGAGUGCGCCCUGCGCACCACCACGGGCGACAAGUACUGCGCUCUCGUGUGCGAGUCAGACACUGACUGCGGCACCGGCUCCUGCCAGAAGAUCAUGGGCACGGGCUUGUGCACCUAUGACACGUCUGCCCUGAGCAGCGUGGCUACUCUUACCCAGGUGGCAGCGCUCGCCAACCCGACUCACUACGGGGACCCGAAGACGGGCUGCGAGACGGACGAGCAAGCUGUGCGCGUGCAGGGCCUGUCUGGAGACUUCUGCAGUCCCAAGUGCGACAGCCAGGGAAGCUGCCCCAGCGACGUGCCAACGGGCGACAAGGCCACUCCUGAGUGCGCCCUGCGCACCACCACUGGCGACAAGUACUGCGCUCUCAUGUGCGAGUCGGACUCCGACUGCGGCACUGGCUCCUGCCAGAAGAUCAUGGGCACGGGCUUGUGCACCUAUGACGCGUCUGCCCUGAGCAGCAUGGCUACUCUCACCCAGGUGGCAGCGCUCGCCAACCCAACUCACUACGGGGACCCGAAGACGGGCUGCGAGACGGACGAGCAAGCUGUGCGGGUGCAGGGCCUGUCUGGAGACUUCUGCAGUCCCAAGUGCGACAGCCAGGGAAGCUGCCCCAGCGACGUGCCAACGGGCGACAAGGCCACUCCUGAGUGCGCCCUGCGCACCACCACUGGCGACAAGUACUGCGCUCUCGUGUGCGAGUCAGAUUCUGACUGCGGCAGUGGCUCCUGCCAGAAGAUCAUGGGCACGGGCUUGUGCACCUAUGACGCGUCUGCCCUCAGCAGCAUGGCUACUCUCACCCAGGUGGCGGCGCUCGCCAACCCGACUCACUACGGGGACCCGAAAACGGGCUGCGAGACGGACGAGCAAGCUGUGCGCGUGCAGGGCCUGUCUGGAGACUUCUGCAGUCCCAAGUGCGACAGCCAGGGAAGCUGCCCCAGCGACGUGCCAACGGGCGACAAGGCCACUCCCGAGUGCGCCCUGCGCACCACCACGGGCGACAAGUACUGCGCUCUCGUGUGCGAGUCGGACUCCGACUGCGGCACUGGCUCCUGCCAGAAGAUCAUGGGCACGGGCUUGUGCACCUAUGACACGUCUGCCCUGAGCAGCAUGGCUACUCUCACCCAGGUGGCGGCGCUCGCCAACCCGACUCACUACGGGGACCCGAAGACAGGCUGCGAGACGGACGAGCAAGCUGUGCGCGUGCAGGGCCUGUCUGGAGACUUCUGCAGUCCCAAGUGCGACAGCCAGGGAAGCUGCCCUAGCGACGUGCCAACGGGCGACAAGGCCACUCCUGAGUGCGCCCUGCGCACCACCACGGGCGACAAGUACUGCGCUCUCGUGUGCGAGUCGGACUCCGACUGCGGCACUGGCUCCUGCCAGAAGAUCAUGGGCACGGGCUUGUGCACCUAUGACGCGUCUGCCCUCAGCAGCGUGGCUACUCUCACCCAGGUGGCAGCACUCGCCAACCCGACUCACUACGGGGACCCGAAGACGGGCUGCGAGACGGACGAGCAAGCUGUGCGCGUGCAGGGCCUGUCUGGAGACUUCUGCAGUCCCAAGUGCGACAGCCAGGGAAGCUGCCCCAGCGACGUGCCAACGGGCGACAAGGCCACUCCUGAGUGCGCCCUGCGCACCACCACGGGCGACAAGUACUGCGCUCUCGUGUGCGAGUCGGACUCCGACUGCGGCACUGGCUCCUGCCAGAAGAUCAUGGGCACGGGCUUGUGCACCUAUGACGCGUCUGCCCUCAGCAGCGUGGCUACUCUCACCCAGGUGGCAGCGCUCGCCAACCCGACUCACUACGGUGACCCGAAGACGGGCUGCGAGACGGACGAGCAAGCUGUGCGCGUGCAGGGCCUGUCUGGAGACUUCUGCAGUCCCAAGUGCGACAGCCAGGGAAGCUGCCCCAGCGACGUGCCAACGGGCGACAAGGCCACUCCUGAGUGCGCCCUGCGCACCACCACGGGCGACAAGUACUGCGCUCUCGUGUGCGAGUCGGACUCCGACUGUGGCACUGGCUCCUGCCAGAAGAUCAUGGGCACGGGCUUGUGUACCUAUGACGCGUCUGCCUUCAGCAGCAUGGCUUCUCUCACCCAGGUGGCAGCGCUCGCCAACCCGACUCACUACGGGGACCCGAAGACGGGCUGCGAGACGGACGAGCAAGCUGUGCGGGUGCAGGGCCUGUCUGGAGACUUCUGCAGUCCCAAGUGCGACAGCCAGGGAAGCUGCCCUAGCGACGUGCCAACGGGCGACAAGGCCACUCCUGAGUGCGCCCUGCGCACCACCACGGGCGACAAGUACUGCGCUCUCGUGUGCGAGUCAGACUCUGACUGCGGCACUGGCUCCUGCCAGAAGAUCAUGGGCACGGGCUUGUGCACCUAUGACGCGUCUGCCCUCAGCAGCGAGGCUACUCUCACCCAGGUGGCAGCGCUCGCCAACCCGACUCACUACGGGGACCCGAAGACGGGUUGCGAGACGGACGAGCAAGCUGUGCGCGUGCAGGGCCUGUCUGGAGACUUCUGCAGUCCCAAGUGCGACAGCCAGGGAAGCUGCCCCAGCGACGUGCCAACGGGCGACAAGGCCACUCCUGAGUGCGCCCUGCGCACCACCACGGGCGACAAGUACUGCGCUCUCGUGUGCGAGUCGGACUCCGACUGCGGCACUGGCUCCUGCCAGAAGAUCAUGGGCACGGGCUUGUGCACCUAUGACGCGUCUGCCCUGAGCAGCAUGGCUACUCUCACCCAGGUGGCAGCGCUCGCCAACCCGACUCACUACGGGGACCCGAAGACGGGCUGCGAGACGGACGAGCAAGCUGUGCGCGUGCAGGGCCUGUCUGGAGACUUCUGCAGUCCCAAGUGCGACAGCCAGGGAAGCUGCCCCAGCGACGUGCCAACGGGCGACAAGGCCACUCCUGAGUGCGCCCUGCGCACCACCACUGGCGACAAGUACUGCGCUCUCGUGUGCGAGUCGGACUCCGACUGCGGCACUGGCUCCUGCCAGAAGAUCAUGGGCACUGGCUCCUGCCAGAAGAUCAUGGGCACGGGCUUGUGCACCUAUGACGCGUCUGCCCUCAGCAGCGUGGCUACUCUCACCCAGGUGGCAGCGCUCGCCAACCCGACUCACUACGGUGACCCGAAGACGGGCUGCGAGACGGACGAGCAAGCUGUGCGCGUGCAGGGCCUGUCUGGAGACUUCUGCAGUCCCAAGUGCGACAGCCAGGGAAGCUGCCCCAGCGACGUGCCAACGGGCGACAAGGCCACUCCUGAGUGCGCCCUGCGCACCACCACGGGCGACAAGUACUGCGCUCUCGUGUGCGAGUCGGACUCCGACUGUGGCACUGGCUCCUGCCAGAAGAUCAUGGGCACGGGCUUGUGCACCUAUGACGCGUCUGCCCUGAGCAGCAUGGCUACUCUCACCCAGGUGGCAGCGCUCGCCAACCCGACUCACUACGGGGACCCGAAGACGGGCUGCGAGACGGACGAGCAAGCUGUGCGGGUGCAGGGCCUGUCUGGAGACUUCUGCAGUCCCAAGUGCGACAGCCAGGGAAGCUGCCCUAGCGACGUGCCAACGGGCGACAAGGCCACUCCUGAGUGCGCCCUGCGCACCACCACGGGCGACAAGUACUGCGCUCUCGUGUGCGAGUCAGACUCUGACUGCGGCACUGGCUCCUGCCAGAAGAUCAUGGGCACGGGCUUGUGCACCUAUGACGCGUCUGCCCUGAGCAGCAUGGCUACUCUCACCCAGGUGGCAGCGCUCGCCAACCCAACUCACUACGGGGACCCGAAGACGGGCUGCGAGACGGACGAGCAAGCUGUGCGGGUGCAGGGCCUGUCUGGAGACUUCUGCAGUCCCAAGUGCGACAGCCAGGGAAGCUGCCCCAGCGACGUGCCAACGGGCGACAAGGCCACUCCUGAGUGCGCCCUGCGCACCACCACGGGCGACAAGUACUGCGCUCUCGUGUGCGAGUCGGACUCCGACUGCGGCACUGGCUCCUGCCAGAAGAUCAUGGGCACGGGCUUGUGCACCUAUGACGCGUCUGCCCUGAGCAGCAUGGCUACUCUCACCCAGGUGGCAGCGCUCGCCAACCCGACUCACUACGGGGACCCGAAGACGGGCUGCGAGACGGACGAGCAAGCUGUGCGGGUGCAGGGCCUGUCUGGAGACUUCUGCAGUCCCAAGUGCGACAGCCAGGGAAGCUGCCCUAGCGACGUGCCAACGGGCGACAAGGCCACUCCUGAGUGCGCCCUGCGCACCACCACGGGCGACAAGUACUGCGCUCUCGUGUGCGAGUCGGACUCCGACUGCGGCACUGGCUCCUGCCAGAAGAUCAUGGGCACGGGCUUGUGCACCUAUGACGCGUCUGCCCUGAGCAGCAUGGCUACUCUCACCCAGGUGGCAGCGCUCGCCAACCCGACUCACUACGGGGACCCGAAGACGGGCUGCGAGACGGACGAGCAAGCUGUGCGUGUGCAGGGCCUGUCUGGAGACUUCUGCAGUCCCAAGUGCGACAGCCAGGGAAGCUGCCCCAGCGACGUGCCAACGGGCGACAAGGCCACUCCUGAGUGCGCCCUGCGCACCACCACGGGCGACAAGUACUGCGCUCUCGUGUGCGAGUCAGACUCCGACUGCGGCACUGGCUCCUGCCAGAAGAUCAUGGGCACGGGCUUGUGCACCUAUGACGCGUCUGCCCUGAGCAGCAUGGCUACUCUCACCCAGGUGGCAGCGCUCGCCAACCCGACUCACUACGGGGACCCGAAGACGGGCUGCGAGACGGACGAGCAAGCUGUGCGGGUGCAGGGCCUGUCUGGAGACUUCUGCAGUCCCAAGUGCGACAGCCAGGGAAGCUGCCCUAGCGACGUGCCAACGGGCGACAAGGCCACUCCUGAGUGCGCCCUGCGCACCACCACGGGCGACAAGUACUGCGCUCUCGUGUGCGAGUCGGACUCCGACUGCGGCACUGGCUCCUGCCAGAAGAUCAUGGGCACGGGCUUGUGCACCUACGCGAGUUCUGCCUCGGCUGCAGCCGGGCUGCAGCUUCUUCCCGAGGCUAGGGAGCUGAUCGUGUAAGAGUCGAUCCUCGAAAGUGAGGUGGGACAGCGUACUAGAAAUCGGAGGGAUCUGGGCUGCAGAUGCUUCAUGACACCUCCA